AUGUCCGAUCAAUCAUCGAAAAUUACUGCGGCAAUAAAUUCAUUAACGAAUCAACAAAUUAUUAGGAAAUUUAAGUUGAAUCAUGGAUUAAUUUUAACUGGAUAUAAUAUACGCUCAAGUAUACAAGCUGUUGUUAUCGAAGAAGAUUACAAAUUGAAAAAAGGUUUAUAUAAAGAACAGCCAUUAGUAUUCACGUAUAUUAAUCCUGAAGUUAAUGAAACACCGGAUACGUGCAUUAAUUUUCCAGUUUUUGAAAUUAAUUAUAAUGGAAAUUUGUUAAAAUCAUUUUUAGAAUUUAGUGGUGAUGAAAAAGAAUUGCACGAAUUAUAUGGUCAGUCUCUUGCAAGAAAAUUUGUAGCUGGUGGCCAAUUGUUUAUUAAGGAUUUUAAUUCGGCUACUCAGGCACAACAAAGUGUUCUAAAAUUUUAUUUAUUCUGUGUAUAUAAUUCAUUUAAAUAUUCUACCGAAAUUCAAUUCAGCAAUUUAUUUAAAUUGAAUCUUUUACCAAAGAUAGAAACAAUGGACGGGGAAAAGUUAGAUACUCAUGAAAAAUUAGUUAAUUGGAUGAAUAAUUUGUAUCUGAAAUUGAAUGUUUGUAUAAUUUUUUAUGAUAAUCUCAUCCCCAUUUCUAAAUUAAAUAACACUACAAUCAAUGACCUGGAAACUUUUAACGAUAAGAGAUGGUCUGGAUUCUCUAAUUUUAAAGAGAAUGAAAGUUUAGAAGAGUGGGUUGGAGAUGCGAUGAAUGAUAAUCUAAUGAGCUGGGCUAGUGAUUUCAAUCUUUUUCAAGGAUUAAUAAUUAAUAAAAAUGACGAAAUAGAAGUUAGCAAGAAAAUUCCCGUUGAUAUCAUUAAAAUUCCUAAAGUCAAUCCAACUAAUACGUCUUAUAUGAAAAAUAUUAAGCCGUCAACAAAAUUAGAGUUUGCUUUAAUUUCAAAUAAUAUUUUUUCAAUUAAUAACUUAAGUAAUUUUCCAUUUACUAAUGAUAGUCAUAAGAGUUAUGAAGGUUACAAUCAUGUUCUAGUCAAAUGCGAGAAAUAUGAAAUUCACUUAAAUACGGAUAUUAUAAAACCUACAAAAGAAUUUGAGCAAGUUAUAGAGAAAGCACUUAAUAGUAUGAAGCCAUUAAAAGCUUUGCAAGACGUGUUUAACGAAUAUGGUCAUUUAUUUCCACGAAAAAUUAUAUUAGGAAUUCUUCUUAAAAAUAUUUCAUCAAAUAUUUCUUCGUCUAUUACGCUCGAUGAUGUUAAUGAUGUUAAUAAAAUACUUGAAUCAUUGGAUAAUUUAAAUAUUUCAUACCUUUUAACACAAAAGGGAAGAGUUAUCGAAAGAAAUGAUUUGACUAAUUGGAAUAAUAAUACAAAUAAUAAUUUGGAAAUUAUUGAAUUUAGCGAUAUCAUUCCUCUUUACCAAAUUCUCGAUGAGAAAAAACGAAAUAAAAUAAAUGAAAUAUUAGAAAAGUUCAAUAACCAUAAUAUCAUAAUGACAGGAAUGACUAAAUUGGAAGAUUUAGAUAAUGAAAAUAUCGAGCAUUAUAAACGAAUAGAUUUAGGAUCAUCAUUGGAAGAUAAAGAUUAUGAAGUAUUUGGAUCAAUCAUUUCAGAAAAUAAUUCAAAAUUUGAAAAAUUAGGAGAAAUAUAUGUUAAUUUUGGAUUAUAUGACUUCAAUGGGUUUUAUGCGAUAAUAAAAAAAGUUGAAGAAACAAGUAUUAAUAUAGCUGAGUGUUAUGUUUCAUGGAUUGUUAUCGGCAAACCUUCCCAAUUAUCCGUUUUUAGUCCAAAAAAUCGAGAAUUACAGGCCAAAUGUAUUAAAGAAUCUAUUAAAUUACAACCUAAUAAGCGGAAUUAUACUAUUGGAACUUCCUUCACUUUACAUGAAGGAUAUACUGUUUUUGUGCAUGCAAAUCAUUCACCAAUAAAUUGUGAGCCUAAUAAUAUUAUUAAGUUAGUUGAAUGGAAAGAAAAUUCUAUUAAUUUUCAAGUUGAAUCAGCAUAUAAGCUUAAAUCAGAUACUAAUGAUGAAAGUUCGUCUGAGAGUGAUUCUGAUCAUGAAAAUAAUAAUUGUUCAGUAAAUGAAGUAAAUUUACGUAUAUGUAUUCUAUCUACAGAUUAUAAAAGUUUGAAAAUCGAUAAUGACGAAGAAAGGGAAUGUUCUUUAGAUUUAAUAGGAUAUAUUUUAAUUAAGGAAAAUUUUAAUGAAAAUUUAUUUAACGUGAAUAAAAAUGAAGUUUCCUUUAAUAUUCAUGAUAAUAAAUCUGUUACAAACCAACCACUUGAUUUUCAACUCAAAGCGUUAAAAUCAAAUGAAGAGAUGAUUAAUAUAGAAACGAGGAGUCGACUAUCCGAUCGUAUAUCCAUUGAGAACAGCGGAAGUCCUUCCAAGAAUGAUAUUGCAUUUAGUAAUUUAAAAAAUGAGAGUUUUAUUGAAUACAAAAUCAAUAACCAUGACCUUCUUAAAUUAGAAGAGGAUGGAUUUAUCACGCCAGAUGAAAAAGCAGGAGAGCUUAUUAAGGAGUUGACCAAAACAAAAUGUUUAUAUGCUUUAAAGUUACUUUUUGAAGAUCCACUUAAUAAAUUUUCUCCUGAUGUCCUUCGAAAUUCUUUGAUUGCGUUGGCGGAUCCAACGUCUUUUAAUUAUAUUGAAAAGGAGACGAUGGUUAGAUUAGAGCUACAUAUGCGUACUUGGGCAGCAGUAUUAGAACAAAUUUGUUUUUCGCUUAUGCACCUGAAUAAAGAACUUCGUGAUAAAGUUUACAAUUCUUUAACAAAAUUUGCAGAGAUUCAUAGAAAAAUUCAAGUAUUACAAAAAGAAUCUGAAAAUAAUUAUGGAUCUGAUUUCAACCAAUUCCAGCAUGAUAGUAAUCGAAAUUAUAAUAUUGACUUCUUAAUAAUUCAUUUGCGGGAUACGUUGCAUAGUUUGCAUGAUGAUGAGACUUGGUUUCAUGAAAUUUUAAGAAGAACAAAAAGCUUGCUUAAGACUAUGCUGAAUAUUUCACCAGGAAAAGCGCUCACAAAUGACAGUUUUUCAAGCUUAUCAUCAUUAACUCAAUUACGUCAGAGCUUAAGUUUCAAGUAUCCGGUAGCAUCCUAUUAUGUAGAUUGGCGAAUUAUGUUAGUAAUUCAUCGUAACCUUUUCACCUGGUCUGAAAGUUCUGAAAUGAUAAUUAGUAAAAAAUUUCGCGAAUUAGUAUUAAUGGAAUAUUUUUGGAGCUUUUUAGAAAAGGAAUGGAUUAAUGUUACAAAUAAAUCUAUUUUGGAUUCUCAAACCAAAUUUGAUGAAGUAUCAAAUAAGGUUACUAAAUCUUUGAGGAAUACUGGAAGUUUCUUAACUGUAAAUGAGCCUAUUACAUUGCCACAUACUUUGUGGUUUGGAAUAUUAGAUCUUGCACAAAGUCUUAUUCAAAAAUCUACUCGAACAUCCAUAUACGGACUUUGUUAUUAUUUGGCGAUUGAAUCACUUAACAAAGCUCCAAGCAAUUUCAUCCAGUUUAAAGCUAUUGAAAUAUUGGUACAUUUAUAUAAUAUUGAUAAUCAAAUGUUUUCAAUGAUUGAAAUUGAUUUUGAUAAAUACACACAAAAAUUAAAUGAAAAUAAUUCAACAACUAAUUCUUCAGAAAAAUUUCAAAAAUUAUUAAAAUUUGUUAAAGAAAAAUACAUUGAAGAAUUUAAAAUUUCAAAUGAUGAUAUUGAAAUAAAAGGAAAAAGAAAAGAAAAGAAUCUAAAUCAGGAACAAGCACCAAACAUUGAUAUUUUAAAUGUUAUAGCAGAUGAAAUUACUUGUCCAGUUAGUAAUGAACCAACAGACCAAUUAUGUGUUUUAAAAUGUCAACAUUUAUUAUCAUUAAAUAAUUUAAAAAAAUUAAGACAAAAAAUAUGUCCAGAAUGUCGAGAGAAAAUUGAUGAUAAUGAUAUCAGAUAUUUACCACAAACUUCUAUUUAUAAAAAUUUGUAUUCAAAAUUUUCUGAAUCUGGAUAUAUUUUACCCACUAAUGAAUUAGAAUUGGAUAAUCAAUAUGACAGUGAUAAUUCAGAAGUAAAUUCUAUAUUAACUAAAAAAAAGAAAUUUGUUAAUGCAAUUAAAUUAAAUUCACAUGCAUCAUUAUCAUCACUACUUCCAAGAUUUUCGAAAAAACAACAUCCAACAUAUCAAAAUAUUAUAAAAGAAAUAGGUGAAAAGCAUUAUGAAAAAGCUGAAUGUUUGUGUGAGGAAUUUAUAAAUUUUUUUCCUAAAAGUUAUUCUUUAAGAUGCAUUUUAGCCUAUAUUUAUAGAUGUCUUGGUAAUUAUGAACUAGCAUGUUUAUGUUUACAAGCGGCCAUUAAUUUGGAAGAAAAAAAACCAAUUGCCUGGUAUAUUCGCGGUGAAAUAUAUUUCAGAGAAAAUAACUAUAAAAAUGCAAUAGAUGAUUUAAAUACUUCAAUAAAUUGUAAGGCAAAAAUAAGUAAUUUAUAUAUAAUACUUGGAAAUAGUUACCUUUUUGAAGCGGAAAAAAUGUUUCAGAUUUAUUAUGAUAAUGCUUUAAAAAACUUUAAUAUUGCAUUGCAAAGUAAACCAAAUCAAUGUUUGUGUCUUAGGAAUUGUGCUUAUAUUUAUGAAAAACAGGAAAAUUAUUUGUCUACCUUAGAAAUGUUAGAUAAAUUGUUAAGUGUUGAUGAGAAUGAUUCAUUAAUUUUAUGCUAUUAUGGAGAAAUUUUGAGUAAAAUAGGGAGAUAUAAUGACGCUAUAUUAUAUUUUACAAAAUCAAAUGUUAUAGAUCCAGAAAAUAUUCAUAAUUUGAAUAAGAGAGCUAUAGUAUAUUAUGUUCUUCAAGAAUAUGAUAAAGCUUUAUUAGAUCUUGAUAAAGUUAUACAAUUGGACCCAUUAAAUAAUUUAGCAUACUAUUAUAAAGGGUUAGUACAUUAUGCAAUAGAAAACGUUGAUGAUGCGAUGUUGGCUUUUAAAAAAUGCAUAGAAUUAGAUUCUAAUGAUGAUUUGGCAGAAGUUCAAUUGAAUUAUUUAAAAUAUUUAUCAAAGAAUAAUGGCUCUAAAGUAGAUUAUGAUAUUAUUACAAAAAUUAGUCAAAUCUCUAAUAUUUAUUAUAAUAAGUCAUUAUUAUUUUUGAGAUGUAAAAUAUAUAUUGAAUUAGAAGAAUAUUUGAAGGCAAAAUCAGAUUUAGGAAGAUUAUUUAUACUAAAUGAGGAAGAUAUUUCAUUUAUUUGUUUGUUACGAAAAUAUUCCGAUUUUUGGUCAGAAUUAUAUAUAAAUUAUAAAAUAAAUGAAAAUGAUUUUAAAGAAUUUGGAAUUGUUGAUAAAUUUAGUAAACUUUUAUAUAAGGUAAUUAAUCUUUAUUUUAUUUCAAACCUUACAAAUUUGAAUAAUGGAUUAAAUUCUAUUAAAGUAAGCGAUUCAAAUAGCUUGUCUGGACAAGUGUUUUGCUUUAAAGACGAUGUAUUUUAUUUAAAUUUGCCAAAGUUAACAAAUGAUUUCACGAAAGAUUUUCAUUAUGUCGCUUGGAAAAUAAAUGUAAAAAAAAUAUUAUCUCAAAAUGCUUUUGUGAAAUUUUCUAUAACGGAAGGGAAAAAAGAUUCAAAUAAAGUUUAUCCGACGAAAGAAUAUCUAUUAAGAUAUAAUGACUUGUCAAAAUUUGAAGGAUUAGGUUGGAUCGAAUAUACGUUGCCAAUUAAGGUUCAUUGUAAUCGAUGGAUUCAACUUUCAAUUGAAGUUAAUAAAGGUUCUAUUGAUAUGCGAAUAGAUUAUGUUAGAUUUAAAAAAUCUUUUGGAAAACAAAUUUAUUUUCCCAAAAUGGGCCAUUUUUUGCCAAUUCAUAAAUUACUUCCAAACGUUCCAAAAGCUUUUAAGGAUAAUUAUUUUUCAAUGAAAGAAAUGGAAAAUUUGCUUUUAUUAAAAGAUAUUAUUGAAUAA